CUCCUCAGAUACAAUUACCAAAAUGCCCUUUCCCUUUGCAACACCUCUUCUUCUCUUCUUAGCCAUCAUGGCUUCCUCUAUUUCUUCGUUAGACGAGCCGGACGUGGUUCGGUUGUUGCGGACCGGAAUUGUGAAAGCCAGAUCCGAAAUAUAUAACGUGAAACGACGUCGCUUUGAAGAACGUGGGAAUGUGCAGACCGCACUUGGCGAUUGCCAUACGCUCUACGAGGAAGCCGACAGCCGCCUUGCCGGGAUGUUGGUUGGGGAGAAUUAUUCAGCGGAUGAUGCUCGGAUAUGGCUCAGCGCCGCCGUGGCUAAUCAUCGGAGUUGUUUGGAUGGCUUGGAAGAAGUCGGCGCUGUGCCGUCGGCGGAUGGGAAUAACUUGACCAUGUUGCUCACCGGAGCUCUGCAUUUAUACGACAAAAUUGCCGCCGUGGAGGAGCGGAAGUGCUGGGAACGAGUGGAGAAAGAGAGAUUGAGGGAAAACGGGAGAAUCAACUUGGCGAAAUGGAAUGCGGCGACGUCGAAGCCGGAUUAUGUGGUGGCGAAGGAUGGCUCCGGCACCUACACAACCAUAAACGGCGCGGUGGCGGCUCUGGCCAGAGAUGGCCGUAGACGGCGGUCGGAGAGAGUGGUGAUAUAUGUGAAAGCUGGAGUUUACAAGGAGAAUGUGGAAAUUGGAAUGCAGUUGAAGAACGUCAUGGUCGUCGGCGACGGCGCAGACAAAACCAUCGUCACCGGUAACCGCAACGUCCCGGACGGCGCCACCACUUACAGCUCAGCUACAUUUG